CCUUAACUGAAGAAAACUCAGCUAUGAAAUCAUGGAAGAUCCCAAUCAAGCCAUAGAGUGGCUCAUGCAGUUGAUCAGUGUAGUACCAACUGACCCACAUGUACUUUCAAAACUAGGGAAAUUAUAUGACAAUGAAGGUGAUAAAUCCCAAGCCUUUCAUUAUUACUAUGAGUCGUACCGUUAUUUCCCUUCAAACAUUGAGGUCAUUGAAUGGCUUGGAGCCUAUUGCAUCGACACCCAGUUUUGUGAAAAAGCCAUUGAGUACUUUGAGAGAGCAGCACUUAUCCUUCCUACGCAAGUGAAGUGGCAGCUGAUGGUUGCCAGUUGCUAUCGGAGAAGUGGUAACUACCAGAAAGCUCUAGAGAAAUACAAAGUCAUUCACCAAAAAUUCCCAGAGAAUGUUGAAUGCCUCCGCUUUUUAGUUCGUCUCUGCACAGAUAUGGGACUGAAAGAAGUCCAAGAAUAUAUGACAAAACUCAAGAAAGUGGAAAAAUUAAAGGAGAUAAGAGAGCAGCGCAUUAAAUCUGGCAGAGAUGGCAGUGCACGUAACCGCAGGGAAGGAAGUGCUGGUGGAGAUGCUGGUGGUAGCAAAGGGGAAAGACUGAGUGUCAAACUAAAAGCUUUGCCUGGAACAAGUGAGCCCUAUGAAAGCAGCAGCAAUAAAGAAAUAGAUGCUUCCUACAUAGACCCACUUGGCCCACAAGCAGAAAGACCUAAAACUGCAGCAAGGAAAAGAACUGAGGAAGAUGACUUUGCUGAUGAAGAACUAGGAGAGGAUUUGCUUCCAGAAUAAUGUUGGGUCCACUCAAAAUCUUUUUCCUUCUAAACUUUUUAGCAGAACAAUGCUUCUUCAAGGUGGUUUUGUACCAGGUUUUAAAGAAAUAAUUGUCGAAACACUUUGUGUUUAUGGGACCGUACAUUAAACAUUUUGGAGUUGAAGCUACAA